AUGCCCUUGGGUCCUUACAAGAAUGGAUCUAUUCUCAUCGGCACCAUGCAAGUCGUACCUGGCGCGCAACCUGCUUUCAAUAUUAUUCAUACGUUGACCACUCAGCGCUCGCCGUCGCCUAUUGUCAAUUUAGCUUGGCAUGCAUCUUCUACUAAGCAAAAGUCUGAUAUGCUUGCCUCCCAAUUUGCUGAUGGAGAUCUACGGGUCUGGAGCGUUGCGAAGCCAGCUACUGCUGAAACGCCUAAAACUAUUCGUAUUCUGAAGAGAGGUGAUAAUGUUGAGCUUGGGGUCAAUUGGUCUGCUUGGUCAAAGAAUGGAAGGGUCAUACAGUACCAAGACGGGGAGUGCUGGAUAUGGGACGUCAGGACCAAGCAUGUCGCUUUUGAACCAAUUCCAAGCAUUGGUGAAGUAAAAGGGCUUGCUAAUUAUGGGCCAACCGCAACACUCUUCACCCUUUGCAAAGACUUUACGAUACGGCAGUAUGACCUAUCACCACCUCAAUUGGUCAAGGAGAGGCAAUAUCUGCCGAUGGAUCCUCCGUUGGCACCCCACAAGUCAGCACGAUCUCAGGGCCAUCAUAUACCAGGAACUGCACCUCCGAUGCCUGUCCGGCCCCCUCUCGACAGUCUGAGAGCAGCAGAGGUCCUGCGACACUGUCUACGAUUCAACGGAACGCGGGCGAUAUGUCGGCAAUAG